AUAAAAUAAUUAAUUUAACCAAUAAUAAUUGAUCCUUCCUCCUCAUUACUUUAUUUCACCUAGAAGAUUAAUAAAUUCAAAAUAUUCCAAAAGUUUUUACACUAUUUAUAUCUAUGGUCUUCAUUGAUUGAUCUCUCUUACUUAUAACUCGAAAAAACUCCAAGAAAGUCCCACCAAUAUUUCUUCUAAGUUUUUCUUCAUCUUUUUUUAUUGAACUUUACAUCAUGUCUUCUUUGUUGACUUCUCAAGGUGUUGUAUUUGCAACAGCCAUGGCUGUUUCUGCAGGCACUAUGAUCCUUUUAGCUGCUUUUCGUCUUCAAAAAUCUCAUGAAUUCUCCUUCAACACCAUUUCCCAUAUCCCUCCUCGAUCUUGUAUCUCUAUGGAUGGAAAGAAGAAGGAGAAAAAGAAGAAGAGGGUGAAAUUUGCAGAAGAUGUCGUGGAGCCAAGUGGGAAUAGUGAAGAAUACAGAAAGCUCCAUUAUUUAAACAAUAACAAUAAUUUCCGUCAUGGAAACGAAGAUAAAGUCUUUUCUUCUUUGUCGAAGACAAAUUCAAACGAGUUAAAGAAGAGUGGGAAAGAGCAAGAAAUGCCAGCCAAUAGGGUGGCCCUGUACAAUGCUAUGCUCAAGGGUCGGGUCAUCAACCGGGUCACCUAUUCCUAUUGAUCCAUUUGGGUUUCUAAUUAUUACCAAAAUGUCCUUUUUCUAACCUCUAAUUUAUGUAAAAAGAAAAUUUAGUCAUACUUCUUUUAGCCAUCUGAUGUUUGAAAAUCUGUAUCGUAUGUGAUUCAUUUAAGAGGUUAGUAGUUUCAGAUUCGAGCUUGACAUCUUCAAUUGUAGUGUUUGAAUCCCGGUGAAAGAUAAAUUGAAUUUAGUUUUUGAGGUGGUGGUCCUGGUCCAUGUAAUCACAUGGGAGAGUAGUUUUAAUUAGAAUUUUUUUAAAAAAGAAUUUGGGUA